AUGUGGAGCGCUCUUGGUGUCGGUGUUGGAUGGUGCUGGAGACCGCUGAGCCGUUCACCGAUGCUGCGGCGCCACGGCAAGCAGAAAGGCCGCCGCUGUCGCGUCUUGUUCAGUGACCUGAAGGCUUUCCUGCUCAGACCCCCGCCACCACCACUACCACCGCCACCGGCCGGCAGCCAUGAAGAGAGCGCCGAGUCCCAGCGGCGGAUCCCCGGCUGGACAGACGCCGUCGGAGGAGGAGGAGGAUACGGACUGGGCUCGGGAACCGCCUCGGGAAGUGGACAGCCGGACGGAGGCAGUUCAUCAGAUGACUGUACUAAAGAGAAACUGGAUGAGAGAGGAUCUCUGGAGAGCUGUGCGAGCGGAGCCCGGACCCCGCUGUGUCGGAUCUGCUUUCAGGGAGCUGAUCAGGGGGAGCUCUUGAGUCCGUGUCGCUGCAGCGGCUCUGUGCGCUGCACUCAUGAGCCGUGUUUAAUAAAAUGGAUCAGUGAGAGAGGAUCGUGGAGUUGUGAGCUCUGCUACUACAAGUACCAGGUCAUUGCCAUCAGCACCAAGAACCCACUACAGUGGCAGGCCAUCUCCUUAACGGUGAUCGAGAAGGUGCAGAUUGCGGCGGCGGUACUCGGCUCGCUCUUCCUAAUCGCCAGCAUUUCAUGGCUGUUGUGGUCGUCGCUCAGCCCCUCGGCCAAGUGGCAGCGCCAGGACCUGCUCUUCCAAAUCUGCUACGCCAUGUACGGCUUCAUGGACCUGGUGUGCAUAGCUCUGAUCGUACACGAGGGACCGUCUGUGUUCCGGAUCUUCCAUCGCUGGCAGGCUGUGAAUCAGCAGUGGAAGGUGCUCAAUUAUGACAAACUGAAAGACUCCGAGGACACUCACAAGGGCAGCAGCACCCUGCGUUCUUUCUCCCUCCCGAUGACCAGGGUCGCCGUGCCCUCACCCACAGCGGCCUCCCCGUCCUGUUCGGCCCUCGCGCCGGCCGCCGCCACCAUCACCCCCGGCACGGCCGUACCUUUAGACGUUGCACCGACUGAGGACCCUUCAGAGUCAGGGCAUCACUGUGCUUACAGCCUGCUGAAUCUGAUCAGCCUAAAUCUGAGAACCCAGGAGCCCCGGAAUACAAACACGCAGCUGAGGAAUGACAACCGCGAGCUGGUCAUGAGAGUGACCACGGUCUGAGACUGGCGAGGAGCUCAUUUAAGGAGGGAAAAUGUGACCAGUCUUACCCAGCUGGCUCAAAAUAAAGAAAGUAAAGUACA